AUGUGGAGAAAGAAGGUGAAUUUCAUCCACGUUCAAAAAUAUCGCACGUUAUGUAAUGGGUUAGUAAAUGAAGACUACAACUGGGAGGCAAUGGUAGAGCUGAGAAACCCCUCAUUUGAUCCAGAAAAGCAUCGGAUCUAUUACAAGGAAUUCGACUCGAACAUUUUGGGAUCGUUUCAAAUCAAAUUAACUGAUUCAUUGAUCGAAGGACAAGAUAUUAUACGAAGCUUCCCUAGAACGUACAAGAACUUCAAUUAUAUGGACACGGAGAACUCGUACAAAAAUGUCUUUGAACAAGUGGGACUUCAUCUCGACAAGAGUGAAACAAUUUUAAUGAAAUAUUUUUGA